GAGAGUUCAGCGGGAGAAAAAACGAAAUGGACAUCUCAACCGUCGAUCUCAUCCGACGGCCAUGAGUUUUCCUGGGCUCCCCGGAAUUUUGUCCUACAUAUACCGGAUGUCUUCCGCCUUUGGUCACUACUCCAACUGCCUUCUGUCGAUACUCUCUAUUCCAUCUCCCUCGUAAUUUUCUAGAUCUAAAAAAAGCUUCCUCGUCCAUGGCGAUCACCAUCGUUUCUGUCAAGGCUCGCCAGAUCUUCGACAGUCGCGGUAACCCCACCGUUGAGACUGAUAUCAAGCUGUCCGAUGGCUACUUGGCAAGAGCUGCCGUUCCGAGCGGUGCUUCUACCGGUAUUUACGAGGCUCUUGAGCUGAGGGAUGGGGGAUCUGACUACCUUGGGAAAGGUGUCUCUAAGGCUGUUAACAAUGUGAACUCCAUUAUCGGCCCUGCAUUGAUCGGCAAGGACCCUGCUGAGCAGACUGCUAUCGAUACCUUGAUGGUUCAGCAACUCGAUGGAACUGUUAACGAGUGGGGUUGGUGCAAGCAGAAGCUUGGAGCAAAUGCCAUUCUGGCUGUGUCUCUUGCAGUCUGCAAAGCUGGAGCUCAUGCCAAGGGCAUCCCACUCUACAAGCACAUUGCAAACCUUGCUGGCAACUCCAAGCUGGUGCUUCCAGUUCCUGCUUUCAAUGUCAUCAAUGGUGGAUCACAUGCUGGAAACAAGCUCGCUAUGCAGGAGUUCAUGAUUCUUCCCACUGGAGCUUCCUCAUUCAAGGAAGCCAUGAAGAUGGGUGCUGAGGUCUACCAUCAUUUGAAGUCUGUGAUCAAGAAGAAGUACGGCCAGGAUGCAACUAAUGUUGGUGACGAGGGAGGCUUUGCCCCUAACAUUCAGGAAAACAAGGAAGGUCUUGAGUUGCUUAAGACUGCUAUUGCCAAAGCUGGUUAUUCAGACAAGGUGGUUAUUGGAAUGGAUGUUGCUGCAUCUGAGUUUUACACCGCAGACAAGAAGUACGACCUGAACUUUAAGGAAGAGGUAUGGAACAACAAUGGCGCUGACAAGAUCUCCGGGGAAGCCCUCAAGGACCUGUACAAGUCGUUUGCUACAGAGUACCCAAUUGUGUCCAUUGAAGACCCCUUUGACCAAGAUGACUGGGAACACUACAACAAGAUGACCAGUGAAAUCGGAGAGAAGGUUCAAAUUGUCGGAGAUGAUCUCCUGGUCACCAACCCCAAGAGGGUCGAGAAAGCCAUCAAGGACAAGGCUUGCAAUGCUCUCCUCCUCAAGGUUAACCAAAUUGGAUCCGUGACCGAGAGUAUUGAGGCUGUGAAGAUGUCGAAGCGCGCUGGAUGGGGCGUGAUGGCCAGCCACCGCAGUGGUGAAACCGAGGACACCUUCAUUGCUGAUCUCUCAGUCGGACUAUCCACGGGACAAAUCAAGACCGGAGCACCUUGCCGAUCUGAGCGUCUGGCGAAGUACAACCAGCUGUUGAGAAUUGAGGAAGAGCUGGGAUCGGAAGCUGUUUAUGCCGGAGCCAACUUCAGGAAGCCUGUCGAGCCAUACUAAGAUAACUGAGGAGCGAAAGCGAUGAAUGUGACGCAGAGGGUGUGUGGAUUUGGCGGCCAGAUAUCAGAAUAAUCUUUUUUUUAUGUAGGUUUGGAUUGUGGGUUAACCCAAAGAUAUCGGUUUGAAUAAUUUUCUGCAAUGGGCCAAAGUUGUCCUUUUUGGCCGUGGUUCGGAACGUUGUAUUAACUGAGCUGUUUUGUUUUUUUUGUGAGCUUCUAUGAGUUUUGGAAAUGUUUAGACUUUAGAAGCAUGGUCCAAUAUAAUCCCCCACCGUUCUCAUGUUUCUAUGGUUAACUUACUUUUAACUUUGGCU